ACUAUCUCCAUUCUUUUUUAAACAGCCCCAGAUAAACUACAGAAGUUUAGUAUUUCUUCUUUUGACUUUGCAAAGCAAAGCACAGUAGAAACUGAAUGACUAUUUUGAGAGACAAUGUGUUUUCCCAGUAUCUUUCCCCCACAUACCGGCUAACAAUUAUGGUUAACUCAACGGUUAUACCAUUCCACGACUAUCUGUCUAAACAUUACUCAGAGUAUGAAUUCAAGCAAACGAGAAAUUUUUAAGAACUCAGACAACUCCAUCUACCAGGUAAAUUUGCCAUUUCUGAAGCUCAGCAGACUCGCCAUCUCAUCAAACACUGACACUCUGCAGAAGCCCAAUCUGGGGAUGAAGGAAACUGCUCCGCUGGCACACGAAGGACUUGUGAUAUCACUGUGAUUUUGUUUCAUUUGCAACUGGAGACUAAAUGACACCAAGCAGAAUCUGCUGUUAGGUUAGAUUACAAGGAUACCUUCCGAGACACACAAAAACAUGCAGGCUAUAUCAUUAGUCUAUUAUUUCCUGCUUGUCUCUCUGUGCAUUGAUUUUUCUCAAAAUGAAACGAGUGCACUUGUCAGGAGGCAAAGGAGAAGGAUGCACUACAGAGGACCGAGAAGGAGCUCCUCAGCAGGGCACAGGUCCCCGAGACAGCCAAGGAUGAAGCCUCCAGCUCCUGCUGCUGUAGCACCCAGCAUACCUCUUCUUAAUGUUGAUGACGGUGUUAUGGGAGUGUUUGACUCUCUCAUCGGUUUGGGUGAACAUGAGUCUAGUUACAGUGUCCUACCAGGAAAGAAGGGGCACUGCAUAGCUAACGGGAUGAUGAUGUAUGAUAAAGCUGUCUGGUCUCCCAAGCCCUGCAUUACCUGUCUCUGUUCAAAAGGAGAAGUGUUAUGUGACACAACCAUGUGCCACCCUUUGAAAUGUCCCAAAACUAUUAUACCUGCAGGAGAAUGCUGCCCAGUUUGUUCUGAUACUGACUCCUCUUUGGAUUCAAGUAUUAUUUCACUGGAUGACAUAAGUGAAUUGUCUGGCGAUUCUCCAGAACCCAAUGACCUUGACAACGCCAAUGUAUUGUCAUCAUCACCUACUCAAACAGAAAAAGAUGAGCCACUCAGAACAGAAGUGGUAGAGUUUAAAGGGAAAGAUGGUCAUAAAAAGGAUAAAAAGAAAAGAAAAAGGAAAGGCAAAAAAAAUCGACGGAAGCAUAAAUCCCACCACAGAGAAGAGCAGCUUAUCUCAAGAAAGGAAGCUACAGAAGAAGAAGAAGAAACACAAUACGAAAGUGAUGGAGAUGAUGGUACUUUCAUCAGAAUGCCAUCUCAUUUCCCAAUUCCUGUUCCACCCAUAGAAGCUCCUCCUUUGCCAGCUGGAUGUUCCACCUCGGACACCACAGUAAGCUGUAUUAAUGCCAAACUUACACAAAUACCACCCAUCUCAGAUCCAGAUCUAACAAGUCUAGACCUUACAGGAAAUAGUAUCACUACUAUCUCAGAUGAAGCAUUCAAUGGGAUACCUAAUUUGGAAUGGAUCGAUCUGAGUAAAAAUAAUAUUACCUCUCCUGGCAUAGGUCCACAAGCAUUCAAAAUCCUGAAAAAGUUAAAACGUUUGUAUUUGGAUGGAAAUAUGCUGGUACAUAUUCCCUCUGAACUGCCAUCAGCUUUGGAAGAAAUAAAAAUAAAUGACAACCACCUUCAUGCCAUUGAUGAAGAUGUCUUACAAGAUUUAAAGAACUUGGUCACCCUGGAAUUAGAAGGAAAUAAACUUAGUGAAGCAAACGUCAGUCCUUUGGCCUUUUAUCCUUUGAAAAGUCUCUCUUAUUUGCGACUGGGAAGAAAUAAAUUUAGAAUUAUCCCACAAGGUCUUCCUGCCACUCUUGAGGAGUUAUACCUUGAACAUAAUCAAAUUGAAGAAGUGUCAGAAAUCUGCUUUAACCAUACAAGAAACAUAAAUGUCAUUGUGCUAAAGCAUAACAAAUUAGAAGAGCACAGAAUAGCACCUUUGGCUUGGAUAAACCAAGAGAACUUGGAAUCGAUUGAUCUCUCUUAUAAUAAGUUAUAUCAUGUUCCCUCCUAUCUGCCAAAAUCUUUACUACAUCUGAUACUUAUAGGAAAUCAGAUUGAAAGAAUUCCAGGAUAUGUCUUUGGUCACAUGAAGCCAGGGCUGGAGUAUCUCUACCUGUCCUUUAACAAACUUACUGAUGAUGGAAUAGAUCCAGUAUCAUUUUUUGGAGCAUACCGCUCUCUCAGAGAGUUAUUUUUGGAUCACAAUGAAUUAAAGUCUGUACCAUUUGGAAUUGAUGAAAUGAGAAAAUUACGUUUUCUAAGACUGAACAAUAAUAAAAUCAGGACAGUCCCUCCAGAACGCAUCUGCAGGACUCACAUCAAUGAUGAUGAUCAUGACCACAGUGAAGAGGAGGAAAAUGAAGAUUCACAUUUGGAACAUGUUCAUCUUGAAAACAACUAUAUCAAUACGAGACAGCUAUCACCACAUGCAUUUUCAUGCAUAAGAUCCUAUUGCAGUGUUGUUCUUAAACCACAGAAGAUCAAAUAAACACCCAAACUUUUACCCGGCAACCCCCACCUCUAGAAAUACAGCUUUAUUUAUUCUCUACUACUAACAGGUCUGCUUAUUUCUGAUUUAAACCCUUCUUACUACUAUAAAUAAGAUACAGUAUAUUACAUACUGAAGUAAGGUAGUAGUGUAUUUCUUAAUAUUGUUUCAGUAUAAAAACAUUAAAUGUAAAAAUAGAAGCUCAAGUUUAUGUCAUAAAUUUUUAUUUCUAUUGACAGAAAUUCUUAAACACAAUAGAUCAAACGGUGUCCCUGAUAAACCCUCCACAUGAUCAGAUUUUAGAAAAGAAGAAUAUAACUAAACUUUCAGCUUGGUCCUGUCUUAUUCGAUUAACUGAAUUUACAACAUUUUAAAUGGUACCAACAGCUUUUAAAAAGAUACAAAUACCAGUCCUUGAGCCCCAUUCAUUUCUACAACAUACAGUUUGCUAGAUUUUUAUGCUAUAUAGGAUCAGGAUCAUGCUGCCCAUUUCAGGGACUAAUUAGACUUUCUCAAAACUUCAAAAUAUUCAGUUAGGAGUUAUUUGAAAGCUUCUAGAUAGUCAGAAAUUACCACUUCAGAGACAAUGUUGAUAAAGCAGUUUCAGUAAUACCUUUGAUAUGAAUGUCUAUCAUAGUAAGCGGUUACUUAAAUAGAUCUCUGUUUCCCUAGAAAGGAGUUCAGUCUCUUGAAGAUUUAUUUUUUUUAAUGUCCGAGUUCAAAGAAAAGAAGCAUUUUUAAUAUUCCACUCCAGAUUUUAAUAAUAUAUUCUUUCUCUAAAGUGGCAAAAAAUUUGAUAAAGAGUAGUUAAUAAUUUUGUUUUAAAGAACAAUUUCAAUAAAACUUGAAAGAAAUUCUAACAUCUUCCUUGAACUGAACAGUCCUUUCUUAUAAGACUAGGCUGGUGGUAAGAAGUGAUUACAGAUGACUGGCAAGUCAUUAUUUAUUCUUCACGCAAUUACUUUCCACUUUCCCCUGGGCUAUUCUGUGAUGCAUUAAAAAAAAAAAAAGUAAAAAGAAA